AUGCUUAUUUUCAAAGACGUUAUCUCUGGCGACGAACUUUUGUCCGAUGCUUACGAGCCAAAGUUGGUUGACAACGCUGUUUUCGAGGCUGACUGUCAGAUGAUCACCGUUGGCAGCGGUGACGUUGACAUUGGAGCCAACCCAUCUGCCGAGGAUGGUGGCGAGGAUCUCGAGGACGGUGCUCAAACCGUGAACAACGUUGUCUACUCGUUCCGUUUGCAGCAAACCUCCUUCGACAAGAAGUCCUUUUUGGUCUACAUCAAGGGCUACAUGAAGAGAGUCAAGGCCUACCUUGCUGAGAACGACCCAGACCAGGUUGAGGCCUUUGAGAAGGGUGCUACUGCCUACGUCAAGAAGGUUGUCGGUUCUUUCAAGGACUGGGACUUCUACACUGGUGAGUCGAUGGACCCGGAUGCCAUGGUUAUCUUGCUCAACUACAGAGAGGAUGGUACCACUCCAUUCGUUGCCAUCUGGAAGCACGGUGUCAAGCAGGAGAAGAUCUAA